AUGAAAUCGGCUAGCCGUGAAGACUACCAUGCGAACAUCGAUAAAGCAGAAGUUGCCGAGAGGUUUGCUGGUUUCCAUCCAAGCUUGCUGGCAGUGAUCGACAAAGCGACCGACAUUAAGCGAUGGCCGUUGUUGUACCGCUCGUCUCUGCCCACAUGGCGGAAAGGGAGAGUGGUUUUGGCUGGCGAUGCAGCCCAUCCAGUUUUGCCCCAUCAAGGCCAAGGCGGUGCAAUGGGUCUUGAAGACGGAAUCGCCCUGGGCGUCGUGAUGGCUGGGGCUACAGAUGCCUCUGAUGUCGAAAAGCGCUUGGAAAUAUACGAGAAGCUUCGCAAAGACCGUACCAGCGUCAUUCAAUUGCUGAGCAACGUUGGACACGACGAGACGCAUCUCAUCGAAGAUGCCCUGCUAGAAUACAUGUCCAAGGAGGAAAUACCAAAAACACCCAAGGAGUUCUUUACGCACAACUUUGACUAUGACAUUGUGGACGAGGCUAUCAAGAUCAUGGAGGAGUACGACCCCUCGUUCCAUCUGCCCCACGACUUCUUCGAGGAUGACUCGUUCAACAUGGCCCACAUCAGCGGAGAGCUGUCCAAGAUGAGUGGGUUCAUCAAGGUCGAGACGUGUAUCAGCGUCGAGACGGAGGAGGUGGCGGCGUAG